AUGUCGAAAGAAACAGCGUCUAUGAGAGAAAUACAACACAACCGACAACUCAUUUUGCAAGCUCUAAAUAAGAACACAACAAACUUUUCAAACUAUUCUAAGAUAUCUGAGUCAUUGAAAGAAGGAAACUUAAAACUGACGAUAAACCCAUUGACAGACGAGUUUCUGUUUCAAGACAGUAAGAACCAUACUGUUUGUAUAAAUCCAACAAAAAGAACUUUAAACGAGAAACCUAUAGAUGAACUUCUUUUGAAAGCAGAUGUUGACAACAAAGCUGACAAAGAGUAUGUCAUUGAAAAAGUUCAAGAAGAACAUGACAGAGCAGAUGCAACAUAUGCAACAAAAGAACAUACUCAUCCUGAACUAGCAGACAAAACAUAUGUUGACAAUAAAAUGUCAAGUGAAGUGACAAGAGCUGAAAACGAAUAUUCUAAAAAGACUCAUACACAUACCAUUGCAAAUAUUACAAACUUACAAGAAACCUUAAACAGGAAAAGUGACGUUGGACAUACACAUACUAUAUCUGAAAUAACAGACUUAAACGUUAGCCUUGAAAAGAAAGCUGACAAAGAGUAUGUAGAUGCAACAAAAGACUAUAUUUUCGCAUGGACAGAUAGAGCAUACCCACAAAAACACCAUACACAUAACAUCUAUGACGUAGAUGAACUUCAAGAAAAGUUAGAUGACAAGGCGGAUAAAACAUAUGUUGACAAUAAAAUGUCAAGUGAAGUGACAAGAGCUGACAAAGAAUAUUCUAAAAAGACUCAUACACAUACCAUUGCAAAUAUUACAAACUUACAAGAAACCUUAAACAAGAAAAGUGACGUUGGACAUACACACGAUUUCUUCGCAACUGUUGGUAUAGAAAAUAUUGAAGGAACGGUUGAAGAAACUGGUGGGGAUGUAUUAAAUUGGAAACCUCCUAACUUUCCACAAGGUUUAACAUCGGAGGAUGACAUAACGACGAUGAAAUACAUUAGAUGUAGAAAUGUCUAUGUCAUGAAGGAUGAAAACAAUGUUAAAUUCACUGCUCAAGAUUUAUAUGACAACAAAGCUGACAAAACAGAGCUUCAAACGUUAAAGACAGAAAUACUUCAAACACUAUAUCCUAUAGGUUCUAUUUACACGUCAAUGAACUCUACCAGACCAGAAGUAGUACUUGGUCUCGGAACUUGGACUCAAAUAGUCGACAGGUUUUUGUAUUGUGCAAACUCUUCAAAGGAAACAGGUGGAAGUAAAACGAUUUCAGGUGAAAACUUACCUGCACACAGUCACUACAUAGAUUUAAGUACAUCUCAAGCAGGUUGGCAUAAGCAUAGAUUUUGGGAUUGGUCAGCAAUGAAAAAAGGUAAAGGAUAUGAUGUUAAAGACAACGUUCAGUUUGCUAUAAAUUGUUUCUGGGGUAGCACACAGGGAGAAGGAAACCAUACACAUCGCGUUUCAGGGUAUACACAAACAACGGGACAAAGUAAAGACUACAUGCCACCUUACAUGACAGUUUACGCAUGGUAUAGAAUUGCUUAG